GUCGAGACAAAAAGCAUAGAUGUGACUUUUAUUUUGAAAAUAUAGAGUUCAUUUUACUGGAAGGGUAUCAUACCAUUUCCGUUAACUUUGGAUUAGCAGAUUUGGUUGUCGCUGUUGUGGACAAGAAAGUCAAAGCAUGAUGUUGCGACUGCCGAGUGUCGGCCGAGCUUUAGCAGGAGCCGCCAAAGGCAGCCUGGCUCCCUGCAACACUGUGUGUACUCCGGUACGUGCUGCCAGCAACAUGGUAGAGGUGUUUGUGGAUGGCAAACCAGUGGAGGUGGAGCCUGGAACAACCGUGCUGCAGGCUUGUGAGAAGGCAGGAAUUCAGAUUCCCAGGUUCUGUUACCAUGAGCGGCUCUCUGUGGCGGGGAACUGUCGUAUGUGUCUGGUGGAAAUUGAAAAAGCUCCAAAGCCAGUAGCAGCCUGUGCCAUGCCUGUCAUGAAAGGUUGGAAUAUUCUCACCAAUUCAGAGAAGACAUGCAAAGCCAGAGAGGGAGUAAUGGAGUUCCUGUUGGCCAACCACCCACUUGACUGCCCCAUUUGUGAUCAGGGAGGAGAGUGUGACCUGCAGGAUCAGUCCAUGCAGUUUGGUUCAGACCGCAGUCGUUUCUCAGAAGGGAAAAGAGCAGUGGAGGACAAGAACAUUGGGCCUCUGAUCAAAACCAUCAUGACUCGCUGCAUCCAGUGUACACGCUGUGUCCGGUCAGUGUUUACAAAACACCAAAGGAUGUGA